GCUGCCUCUGGUCCUUCAGUUCUGUGGUUUCCAGAGGCGGAGACUCUGGCAGUCCUGGUCAGGCCACACCAUGGCCACUUGCUGGCAGGGCCUGUGGGCCUAUCGUUCCUAUCUGAUUAUCUUCUUCCUGCCCAUUUUCCUGCUGCCUCUGCCACUCCUGGUCCCCACCAAGGAAGCCAACUGUGCCUACACCAUCAUCCUCAUGGCCCUCUUCUGGUGCACCGAGGCUCUGCCCCUGGCUGUCACGGCCCUCCUCCCCAUCAUCAUGUUCCCACUCAUGGGCAUCAUGGAAGCCUCUGAGGUCUGCAUAGAGUACUUCAAGGACACCAACAUCCUGUUCUUCGGGGUGCUGGUGGCCAUCACAGUGGAGCACUGGAACCUGCACAAACGCAUUGCUCUCCAGGUGCUCCUCAUCAUCGGGGUGCGGCCUGCCCUGCUGAUACUGGGCUUCAUGUUGGUCACGGCCUUCCUGUCCAUGUGGAUCAGCAACACAGCCACCACUGCCAUGAUGGUACCCAUUGCGCAUGCAGUCCUGGAGCAGCUGCACACAACGAAGAAUGACAUCGAGGAGGGCAGUGACAAUCCCACGUUCGAACUCCAGGAAUCAAGUCCCCAAAAGGAGGUGACCAAGCUUGAUAAUGGCGAGGUCACACCGGCUCCCUUGGAGCAGAAGUCUCAGAAGAACCAGGAGCAGAUCCGCUUCACCCAGGGCAUGAGCCUGUGUGUCUGCUACUCAGCCAGCAUCGGAGGCAUCGCCACACUGACUGGCACCACCCCCAAUCUGGUGCUUCAAGGCCAGGUGGACUCGCUCUUCCCCAAAAACCCCAAAGUGGUGAACUUUGCCUCCUGGUUCGGCUUUGCCUUUCCCACCAUGGUCAUCUUGCUGCUGCUGGCGUGGCUGUGGCUGCAGGUUCUCUUCCUGGGUUUCAACUUCCGGAAGAAUUUUGGCUUUGGGGAACGGGAGGAAGAGCGAAAGCAAGCAGCUUUUCAAGUCAUCCAGGAUCAGUACAAGCUGUUGGGCCCUAUGAGUUUUGCAGAAAAAGUUAUCACUGUCCUCUUUGUCGCCCUGGUACUGCUCUGGUUCACUCGGGAGCCAGGCUUCUUCCCUGGCUGGGGUAACCUGGCUUUUGCCAAUGAUGAUGGGGAAAGCAUGGCAUCUGAUGGGACAGUGGCCAUCUUCAUCAGUAUGAUUAUGUUCAUCAUACCUUCUAAAAUCCCAGGGCUGACCCAGGACCCAGACAAGCCAGGGAAGUUGAAGGCCCCUCCUGCCCUCCUCAGCUGGAAGACAGUGCAUGAGAAGAUGCCGUGGAAUAUAGUGUUCUUGCUGGGUGGUGGCUUUGCCCUGGCCAAAGGCAGUGAGAAAUCAGGCCUGUCUGUGUGGCUGGGGGACAAACUGACCCCACUUCAGGAUGUGCCCCCUCCGGCCACCGCCUUCAUCCUCUGCCUCCUGGUUGCCACCUUCACUGAGUGCGCUAGCAACGUGGCCACCACUACUCUCUUCUUGCCCAUCCUGGCCUCCAUGGCUCAGGCCAUCUGCCUCCACCCCCUCUACGUCAUGCUUCCCUGUACAAUGUCUGCCUCCCUGGCCUUCAUGCUUCCUGUGGCCACCCCGCCCAACGCCAUCGUCUUCUCUUUCGGAGGCCUCAAAGUAUCUGAUAUGGCACGUGCAGGAUUCCUGCUCAACAUCAUUGGGGUGCUGGUUAUCACGCUGGCCAUCAACAGCUGGAGUGUCCCCAUCUUUGGCCUGGACACCUUCCCUUCCUGGGCUCAUUCAAACACAAGCCAGUGUCUUCUCACACCACCCAACUCCACCAUGUCUACUCCCUGAUUGGGGGGUGGGGAGUGGCAGGUACAGCCUGACCACAUCCAGGAAAACUCAUCUGUUCCCCUCCUCUGAACCAGGAGAAGGGCCACUCCAAAGUUCUAAAUCCUGGGCCCGAGGUGGAAGAAAAGAUUCGUGGAUUCAUAACCGUGUGUGUGUGUGUGUGUGUGUGUGUGUGUGUAUGUGUGUGUGUGUGUGU